AUGGCAAAGGCAUAUCAGGGUAGCCAGAGGCUUUUCCUGUUUUCCCUAUGGUGGAUGCUACAGGUUGAGGGAAGGGUGAAAGUUACUAGGAAAAAGGUCUCAAGUGGUAUCAGCAAAAGCACCCACUACAUGAGUAGUUAUCGCUAUAAUUAA